AUGGCGCUCUCCUCUAAGUCACCCCGCCCGGAAGUUGCAAAUCCUGAACUCCUGAAGAGAAUCAAGCACAUUGAAAGUCAGCUUGCUUGGCUAAAUCAGAUGGCUUGGCUGGAUGACAUUGGUCAAGUGGAAACGAGAACGAGUCCUAUCGCCGUUGAUCAAGUACCCAACACCCCAUCUGCCGCUACCUCCGUGUACCCGAGAACACAAAGGCCGAGGCCCCCGCGAGACUCCACUUCACCACCCGAGCGUCGAUUGUCGCAGAGCGUACCACAUUCUGCGGAAUUGGACGCAGCUAAUAUUCCACGUUUUUCAACCUUACCACCUCACUCAGUAAUGCAGUCCCUGAUCGAUACUUAUUUUCUCCACGCCCACAACCAACCCUAUUCGUAUUUUCAAGAGGAGAGCUUUCGGGAAGGACUCGCUUUUGGCCAGCUACCAAAAUGCCUGGUGUAUGCGGUUCUCGCAACCGCACUCAGAUUCUCCAAUGAUGCAUAUUUUAACGGUGCGAAAGAUCAAGCCACUGAGGCCUAUGCCCGGGAAGCCUGGCUCUCCGUUCUAAACGACCACAUGACGGCAGAGAAUUGUCCAAACUUGCACGUCGCCCAGACGACCAAUCUGUUGGCCAUCAUAGACUUCACAGCUGGGCGGACCAGUUCUGGGUGGCUCAAGAUUGGUCUUGCUGUACGCAUAGCCCAAGAUUUGCAACUGAUGAAAGAGCCAUCUGGCACAUCCUCCGUUGUUGAACAAGAGAAAUGUAGGAGGGUUUUCUGGUCGAUAUAUCUUCUUGACAAGCUUGUUUCUUGUGGCAGAAGUCGACCGCCUGCUAUUCACGAUGAGGAUUGCCAAGUUCAGCUACCAUGUGACGAAAUGGCCUUUCGCAACGGAUAUGCCCAAAGAACAGCAACCCUUCAUCAGGUUUCCAGCUGGACUGCGGAGUCGAACCACAUUGGUGGUAACUUCGCUCUCGCCAUCUUAGCGGCAUCGGCUCUUGGGCGGUGUGCACGAUACGUCUUGCACCAACGAGAAACUGACGAGUUGGCUCCCUGGGACUCGAGAUCUGAAUUCGCCACUAUCAACACAUACUUGCUCCUUGUCAGUCACCAUUUGCGGGUUGAAAGCAUGUCCGUCGACGACAUUGUUCAGAAGCACCAAAAGACAGACGGCUCCCUGGACUGCCAAGACGCAGGACAUAUGUUAUUCUCCCAUGCGGUGUUUCACCUAUGUUACUGUCUUCUCAACCAUCCUAUUUUGCUGCUGCUUCGACUUCAGAAACUUAACUAUAGGGUUCCCGCAAAUUUCCUAGUGCGAUCUCUACACACUAGCUGCGAGCAUGCCAGCAUGAUCAUAGAUAUCCUUGACCAAGCGGCAACAGCUGGCCUCCCCAUCCGAGCCUCUUUCUACGCAUAUGCCACGACUUUGGCCGGCAGCAUAAUCACAAUCGCCAUACAAGCCGAAAAUCAGCCAAGUCUAUUAUCAGUAUCAAAGCUCCAAGAAAAUAGCCAGCAAGCCUUGUCAAUUCUCGAACGGAUGGGACAUGUAUGGGAACAUGCGUCGAAAAUGCAUCAGCAACUGUUGUUAUUCAAUGCAAGCGAUGUUGCAUCCGAAAUCCGCUUGGAUUCCAGCCUGCCGCUUGAUACCAGCCCUGGGCUAGAGGAUUUACUAUGGCCUAUUGUUGACUAUGGACUUAUGUGUAGUAGACUCAAAGGAUCUGAAGCCAAGGAUGCGACUUCACGGCCGCCCCCUUUCGAAGAGGUCAAUGGCUUUUCAGGCCUGGAUUUCAACGUGGAUAUUGACUCCACCGAGGGUUUCUCAGGUUUUGGGACGGAUGUUGCGAACACAAUGGAUCCUGACUACUACAUGUCUAGCAUAGAAUGUCAACUGUAA